ACCCUAGCCCGCCCGCCCGCGAACCCCACCCUCCCUCCCUCUCCACCAGGCCGCAGCGAUGUUCUACUCCCACUCCGUCCUGGCUCGGAAGAGCCCGCUGGGCACGGUGUGGAUCGCCGCGCACCUCGAGCGCAAGGUCAACCGGACGCAGAUCGACGGCGUCGACGUCCCCUCCUACGCCGCGUCCAUCAUGGACCCCGAGGUGCCCAUCGCGCUCCGGCUGUCGGGGCAUCUCCUCCUCGGGCUCGUCCGCAUCUACUCGUGGAAGGUGAACCACCUGUUCCAGGACUGCAACCGGAUGCUGAGCGCGGUCAGGACCGCCUUCGCCUCCAUGGAGGCGAUAGAUCUGCCGGUUGAUGCGGACCGUGCUCCGUUCGAGGUAAUCACCCUGCCGGAGACCUUCAGCCUGGAUGACUUGAGCCUUGAUGAUGCGAUUCGUCAGAUGGAUACGCCGGAUCGUCAUCGGCGGACCUCUGAUCAGAUCACCUUGUCUGGAGAAGGGUAUGUGAUGAUCACCCUUGAUGAGGAUGGUGGAGCAGAGUUCACGUCUCCUGCUGGUCGAUCUUCAGGAUUUGAGCCUGUACAGCAUGAGCAGGAGACAUUCCCUCCGUUUCUAGAGGAUAUUAUUUCUGUAGAUCCUCCUCCCCAUGGCAGUUUUUCAGUGACCCACCAAGAUACACCAGAAAUAUUGCGUCGAGCUUCUGAGAGUGCGUCAAGGUUUGAAGAUGUUAUUGAUGGCGGUGACCCCAUGGAUGAAGAUCCGUCGCCGUUCAUAGAGAAGGUUACCACGUCACCAGCAAUGCUCUCACCUGUAUCCCCUGUGCUUCGGACAUCCAUUCCCAAUGCUCCGACACGUAUCAGCCAUGAGCGUGUUGAAGAAGAUGAAGAACCAGCAGGUGACGCUGGACUCUUGGCACCUGUAGCAUUUGUCCUUGAACCAUCUCCACCACCUCAAGUACAAGGUAACAGGAGAAGGAGAAGGGCGAAUGUACAGGAGAACAGGAGAAGGCCUGCAAUUGAUGAGGAAAUUGUGCUCUCCAAUGAUUAUAUGAGUAAUCAAAUUGAUGGCAUUGAACUAGGUAGGCUGGCUCGCAGGAGGAAGAUACUGCCCCAUACAGCAGUGGAUGUGUGGAGGUUCAACAGGAUAAGCCAAAAGGACAGCCUCUUCUCUGAACCUCUGGUGCAAGGAAUGUGCAGUGAUCUUCAUAAAGCUUAUGAGGGGAACUACCCUCGUGUGAGUGACUCUGAUGCUGAUGCUGUAAACAUUGGUGACGAAGAUGCACCUGCACCUGACGGGAAUGCUCAGCCUGCUGAUGUUGUGAAUGUUUGUGACAAGGAGCAGAGUCACUCAAUGUCUCUAGUAAAUGGAGAGGCAACACCAUUUGAUUCGCCACCUGAGCUCCCUCGCUUCUCUCCACGAAAGGAUCUAUCUCCAGUAAGAGAAGAAGAUCACACCCCUUUUGAAACCCCUGGUCGAAGUGGAACCCCGCGGUCUGGACUUGGAGGAGCUGGUGUUACUGUACCACUAACACAUUGCAGUUAUGCAUCACUUGGAAAAAAUACUGUUGAAUCUGAUUUCCCAUUCGGUACUGAUGAUCUUGACGAAGAUCUACCGGGGUUUCCUGGGCUCAUGAAUACCCCUAGCAUGAUAUCCAGUGCGGGUACCAGCACCACAGGAUUAGGCAGCAUCAUGUCUACCAGGACAAGGGCUGCCGCCCAGUACUUCAAAGGUAUGAUGUCUUCAGCCACGUCAGAAGACCAGCCAGGGAAAUUCAGUUUAAACAGAAUCUUGGACGGGAGGACAAAGAAGCAAGCUGCAAGCAUGUUCUUUGAAACAUUGGCCCUGAAGAGCUAUGAUUAUAUCGAUGUCCAUCAGGAAGAAGCGUAUGGCGAUAUUUCAGUUUCGGUUAGACCGUCACUCUCGAGCGCUAAACUUUGAACAACUCUGUUUCCCUUCAGUUCAAUUAGACUAUUUUCUUUUGCUUUCCUGGCCUGUGUAAUAUCAGUCCUGGUUUAGAAUAGUGCUAUGUUAUUUUAUGCCUUCUAAGCUUUGUGUAAUAUUUGGUGUGUAUCUCAGUUUGUCUCAGUUCUGUUAAGAACCUGGAAAUGCUAGUGUGAGUGGAGCUGAAGGUGUUUUGUAUACAUUGUAAUCUGUUUCAA